AUGGACGCCAACGGAAAGGAUGCUUUACAAAAUCUGGAGAGUCCGAAUCAAUUAGCUCAAAAGAUAGUAUACGGUCACUUGGAUGAUCCCGUAAAUCAAGACAUAGUUCGUGGCACCUCUUAUCUUCGCUUGCGACCUGAUCGUGUCGCAUUGCAAGAUGCUACGGCUCAGAUGGCACUUCUGCAGUUUAUUUCUGCUGGACUUUCGUCUGUGGCUGUUCCGACAACCGUUCACUGUGAUCACUUGAUAGAAGCUCAGAUUGGAGGAGAGCAAGAUCUUACACGUGCCAAGGAAUUGAAUCAAGAAGUGUAUAAUUUUCUUGCCAGUGCUUCAGCAAAGUACAACAUUGGAUUCUGGAAGCCUGGAAGCGGAAUCAUUCACCAGAUUAUUUUGGAGAAUUAUGCAUUCCCUGGGGGUUUGAUGAUUGGAACUGACUCGCAUACUCCGAAUGCCGGUGGAUUGGGAAUGGUCGCUGUUGGUGUUGGGGGAGCAGACGCAGUGGACGUGAUGGCUGAUAUUCCUUGGGAAUUGAAAUGUCCAAAAGUUGUUGGAGUCAAGCUAACUGGAAACAUUCAGGGUUGGACUGCGCCAAAAGAUGUGAUUCUUAAAGUAGCUGGUAUUCUGACCGUCAAGGGCGGCACGGGGGCAAUCGUUGAGUACUUUGGUCCGGGUGUUGAAUCUCUUUCUUGCACUGGCAUGGCCACAAUCUGUAACAUGGGCGCGGAGAUUGGUGCAACCACAUCAUUAUUCCCAUUUAACCGACGUAUGAGUGACUACCUCAAUGCUACUCGUCGUGGCGAAAUCGCCAAAGCAUCUGAAGCCUUUGCUCAUAAUCUUCGUGCUGAUGAGGGUGCAGAGUAUGAUCAUAUCAUUGAGAUCAAUCUGUCGGAACUUGAACCGCACAUUAAUGGGCCGUUUACCCCUGAUCUUGCUACGCCAUUGAGUAAAUUCAAAACUGCAGUCGUCGAGAAUAAAUGGCCAGCAGAGUUGAAAGUCGGUUUGAUUGGUUCAUGCACUAAUUCGUCUUAUGAGGAUAUGAGUCGUGCUGCGUCGGUAGCCAAACAGGCAAUUGAGCAUGGCAUCAAAACUAAAUCAUUGUUUACUGUUACACCUGGGUCUGAACAAAUACGGGCAACUAUUUCUCGUGAUGGACAGGAAAAAGUUUUGAAAGAUGCUGGUGGUAUUGUUCUUGCAAAUGCUUGCGGACCAUGCAUUGGACAAUGGGAUCGCAAAGACGUUAAGAAAGGAGAAAAGAAUUCGAUUAUCACUUCGUACAAUCGUAAUUUCACUGGACGUAAUGACGCUAACCCAGCCACUCACGCUUUUGUCGCCUCUCCUGAAAUUGUGACUGCAAUGGCAUUUGCCGGUGAUCUCCGUUUUAAUCCUAUAACAGAUACACUUAAGGAUUCUAAUGGCAAACCCUUCAAAUUUAGUGAUCCAAGUGGGUUUGAACUUCCACCUAAAGGGUAUGAUCCUGGUCAGGAUACUUAUCAAGCUCCGCCAGAGAGUAGAACGUCUGUACAGAUUGCGGUUGCUCCAGAUAGCCAGAGGUUGCAGUUGCUUACACCUUUUCCAAAGUGGGAUGGUAAAGAUGCGGAAAAUUUACCUAUUCUGAUUAAAGUGAAAGGAAAAUGCACUACUGACCACAUAUCGAUGGCUGGGCCAUGGCUUAAGUACAGAGGUCAUCUGGACAAUAUCUCAAAUAACAUGUUGAUUGGUGCUGUUAACGCUGAGAAUAAUGCCGUAAACUCUGUUAAGAAUGUUCUAACCGGAAAGUAUGAAUCCGUACCCGAUGUUGCUCGUCAGUACAAGGCGAAAGGUAAGAAUUGGGUAGUAAUUGGAGAUGAGAAUUAUGGUGAAGGAUCCUCUCGAGAACAUGCAGCGCUUGAAGUACGUCACUUGGGAGGCACUGCCGUCAUUGUCAAAUCGUUUGCACGUAUCCACGAGACUAAUCUCAAGAAACAAGGCGUUCUUCCUCUCACGUUUGCUGACCCGUCUGAUUACGACAAAAUUGACCCUUCCGAUACCGUCUCAAUCAUUGGUCUAACAACCAUUGCACCCGGCACACCACUUACACUUCGAGUACAUAAAGCCAAUGGGUCUACUGUUGAUAUUACCGUUAACCACACUUUCAACGAGAAUCAGAUUGAAUGGUUUAAAGCUGGCAGUGCGUUGAACAGAAUGGCAGAGAAGGCCAAAGCAUAA